GGUUGCGAUUUUUGGUUGUAAGUCCGAUCCUGUACACAGCCCACCGAUAUCAAAUGCGACCAAAAAAUUAUUUUGCUUAUUUUGGGAGUCGGUGCUACGUAUAUUAUACGAAUAGGAGGGUAAUAGAUCACAUUUCUUAGACGGUGGAAGUAUGGCAAAGAAGAAGAAUAGAGGCAAUUCUAAACCGGCAGGUGUCCCUAUACCAGAGGAAAUUGUUCUGGAAGAUUCCAUCUCAUCAAUUCCAGACACAGUACCGGCCGAUCUGCCUGAUCAGGACGAUACUACAAGGGACUCCGAAGAACCACAAGCAAACGAAAACAAUAUAGAGUCUACUAAUAAAAAUGACCAACCACUGGAUGGAGUAGAUGCCCAGCAUGAAAAUCAAUCUGAACCAGGACUCUCCAUUGAAUCAUCUAUUGAUCAGAAGUUAGAGGAACCUUUAGUUGAGACAGAAUCACGAGAACUCACACCUGAUCCACUUGAAACACCAGUUGCUGAAACACCACCAGCCGAAACACCAGUACCUACAAGUACAGGAAAAAAGCGUCUAACAUUACAAGAAAGAUUAGCAUUAGCAGCAAAAGGUAAAGGAAAGGGGAAAAAGAUCAAAUCAAACGUAACUUCACAUGAAGAUUUAACUGUAUUAUCUACUCCUUCUUUAACUCCAUCAACAAGUAAUGAUCCUGAAGUAGUACUAGACAAGAGUCCCAGAGCCAAUAAUAAUGAAGAGAUCAAACAAAAUACCAACAACAAUGCAUCACAAAGCCUUGAAGAAGAACUCAAUCAACUUAAGGCUAAGAAUGAAGAACUAGAAUCCCGAAUUCGAAUCCUAGCAAAGCCUAAACUAAUUAGAACUGAAAGUAAUCAAACUUUUGAAAAAGAAAAGCAAGAAUUAUUAGCCAAGCUUGAUGCCAAAGAAGAGACAAUAAAACAGUUAUUAGCAGAAGGAGAGGCUUUAUCUAUGAAAGAAUUGAAAUUAAAUGAUACAAUUAAAAAGUUAAAGAUGACCAAUUCAGAAUUAGAAUCAAGUUUACUCUCAUAUUCUGAAAAAAAUGAAGAAACUUCAUUAGUUCUUGGAGAACUCGAAGACUUUUUGAAAAUUCAUAAAUUUAAAUCAGCAUUACAUCUUAUGGAGGAACAUAUUAAAGUAACACAAUCUUUAGAAGAAGCUCAAAAUGCUUUGGAAAAGGAAUUAGGUAUGUCAUGGGAAUCAAAAUAUAAAGAACAACAAACAUUAUAUCAAGAAGAGCUCUCAGCAAAGAAAAGAUCUCUCAAAGAUUUUAAUGAGUUAAAGAUUCAAUUCGAUAUGUAUAAAAAACAACAUGAUCUUGAAUUAGAAUCAAAAGAUGAUUUAAUAAAAGAUCUCAGAAAUGAAAUAUCCCAUAUUAAAAGUAAUAAUUUGAAAGAGAUAGGAAGACUCGAAGAUAAAAUUGAAUUGUUACGUAUUGAAAGUGAAAGUUCACGAAAUGGACAAGUUGAAAAAUCCAAGAAUAACUCAAAUCAAGCAUUAAAUGAAUCAGAUAAAUCUCAUUCCAAAUCAAUUGACUAUGAAGAAUUUGUUUCACUCUCACAAACGCAUCACCAAUUACAACAACAAUUUUUAAAUUCUCAAGAAAAUUGGAAAGUGAUUGAAUCCAAUCUUUUAAGUAAAGUCGAUAAUUUAUCAUCAUCAGUUGAUUCCUUGCAAAGAUCCAAACAGAAAUUAUCUUUAGAAUUACAAAAGAUGGGACGUAUUAUUACCAAUAAGGAUGAAGAAAUUAAUAAAUUCACAGAUAGUUACAAAUCAGCAAUUAAAGAAAAGGAAGAAAUCAAAUUCUCUAUGCAAAUGAAAGAUAAUGAAUUAAUUGAAUUACAAGAUAAAUUUGAUAAGCUCAAGGAAGUGUUUAAUACAGAUCGAGCCAACUUAACAGCAAAGAUAAAGUCAUUAACUGAAUCUUUAGAAAGAGUUCAAGUUUUAACUACAUCUGAUCCUCAAGUUUCUUUAUCUAAUAAGAGAUUUAAUGGUAAUGGAUUGAGUAUUAAUCUAGAUAAUAGAACUCCAACCAUGCGAACUACUUCUUCUCAUAGUAUAUCCGAUAUUCCAUAUAAUCCUAGCUGGCAAGAUAUUAGACUCGGAGAAUCUUCAGCAACUCCUGCUAUACCGAAAGAGUUUAAUUUUCAUAAUAAUUCAGAUACUUCAUUAGAUGAAAGUUUUGAUAAUAUAACUGAAGAUAAUUUCUUUACCAAUUCAAGAUAUCCUAGUCAAGCCAUUAAUACAACCAAUAGUCAUACAGGAGGUGGAGUUGGAGGAGCCAGUGGAAGUAUAACUGCUUCAAUUCCUACUGGUAGUGUAGGUAAUAAUAUUCAACUUAUAAAUAAGAUGAGUUCAAAUAUUAGACGUCUAGAAAUUGAAUUAAAUACUUUAAGAGAAGAAAAUAAUUCAUUAGUAAUUCUGAAAGAUAAAGCUGAACAAGAUAUGUUACAUAGUCUUAAAUUUCGUGAUGAAAUUGAUACAUUAAAUGAUAAGAUUAAGGCUCUAGAAAAAGAUAUAGAUUAUAGAAAUCAAAAGGAACAAACUAUGUUAGAAUUAAUAGGAGAAAAAUCAGAGCAAGUGGAAGAACUCCGAGCCGAUGUACAGGAUUUGAAAGAAUUAUGUAAACUACAAGUUCAACAACUUAUUGACUUUCAAGACUCUAAGUAAUCAAUAUAUAAUAUAGUUUAACAUAUAGUUUUAACAUACAGUUUUAAUAUGGGAAGAGCUGCGGGGGUCGUGCGCAGAGCUCAUUAUGUCUAAUGAGAAAAAAAAAAUUAUUCAAAAAUUAU